UCUGACCAUGCUAGGGCCAAGUCCUGACUGGAAUGUUGGUCUCUCAGCUGAGGAGCUCUGCACAAAGGAGUGUGGCUGGGUGCAGAAACUCGUUCAAGACAUGAUCCCGUGGGAUGCUGGCACCGACAGUGGGGUCACCUACGAGUCUCCCAACAAACCCACACUUCCUCAAGAAAAGAUUCGACCCCUCACCAGUUUGGAUCAUCCCCAGAGCCCAUUUUAUGACCCAGAGGGUGGCGCUAUAACCCCAGUGGCAAGAGUGGUUGUGGAGAGAAUUGCCCGCAAGGGUGAGCAGUGCAACGUUGUACCUGAUAACGUGGACGACAUUGUGGCAGACAUUGCACAGGAGGAUAAAGAAGAAGAUGACACUCCAGAGACAUGUAUUUACUCCAACUGGUCUCCGUGGUCAGCAUGUAGUUCCUCCACCUGUGAGAAAGGAAAGCGAAUGAGGCAGAGGAUGCUGAAGGCUCAGCUGGACCUGAGUGUACCCUGUCCACACACGCAGGACUUUGAGCCAUGUAUGGGGCCUGGCUGCAGCGAUGAAGAUGCUUCAACCUGUAUGAUGUCAGAAUGGAUCACCUGGUCUCCAUGCAGUGUGUCAUGUGGAGCUGGUGUUCGCUCUAGAGAACGCUACGUUAAGCAAUUUCCGGAUGAUGGCUUCGCUUGCACCCUUCCCACCGAAGAGACUGAGCCAUGUACGGUCAAUGAGGACUGCUCUCCAAGUAGUUGCCUUGUUACUGAAUGGGGAGAAUGGGAUGCCUGCAGUGCCACCUGUGGGUUAGGAAUGAAACGUCGGGAGCGUAUGGUGAAAAUGCCUCCAUCUGAUGGCUCCAUCUGUGGGGCAGAGGUGGUUGAAGUAGAAAAGUGCAUGAUGCCCGAGUGCCAUACCAUCCCAUGUUUGCUGUCUUUAUGGUCUGAUUGGAGUGACUGCAGUGUAACAUGUGGCAAAGGAACCCGCACACGCCAGCGCAAUCUAAAAUCCCCAGUGGAGCUGGGAGAAUGCAGUGAAGAACUAGAACAAGUAGAGAAAUGCAUGCUGCCAGAGUGUCCUUCAGACUGUUUGGUGUCCGAGUGGUCAGAGUGGUCUGAAUGUAAUAAGUCAUGCGGGAAGGGUCAUAUGAUCCGGACACGGAUAAUAAAGACAGAGCCUAUGUUUGGAGGUGUAGCCUGUCCUGAGACUGUACAGAGGAGAAAGUGCAAGAUCAGAAAGUGUAAUCAGGGCGGUGCCAACAGUGAAGAAAAAAAACGACGCAAAGAAGCACGAAGGAAGAGAAAGAACAGCCAGGGCCAAGAGGAGGGCACUGAUGAGCUUGCAGGAUGUAAAAUGAAGCCCUGGUCUGCAUGGACUGACUGUUCCAAGUUGUGUGGUGGAGGCAUUCAGGAGAGGCUAAUGACGGCCAAGAAGAGAUUUAAACACACACAGCAUUCUAGCUGCAGGGACAGAAAGGAGAUCCGUGCCUGUAACGUCCACGCCUGCUAAAGCUGCAGGACAUCAGGGGAAAGGACUCGAUCUAAAAAGGGCACAGGAGUCAAUCCCUAGCUCCAAGUAG